AUGGCGGAUCAGGAUGUACGUGACCCGCAGGGAAAAGCGCAGCUCUUCCCCAGGUUUCGUGCCUUUCGGAAUGACAUAGGUAGUGAAACUGGGGGUUCCAUUUGUUCAUGUAAAAAUAAUUCUCAUUUCAGUGGAAACAAUUUUGAAAUUGUCAUCAUAGAUGAUGGAAGCCCGGAUGGGACACAGGAAAUUGCUGAACAAUUGGAAAAGAUCUAUGGAUCAGAUAAAAUACUUCUGAGACCCAGAGCAAGAAAGUUAGGCCUUGGCACUGCUUAUAUUCAUGGAAUGAAGCACGCCACUGGGAAUUUUAUUGUUAUUAUGGAUGCUGACCUCUCUCACCAUCCAAAAUUUAUUCCAGAGUUUAUCAGAAAGCAGAGAGAAGGCAAUUUUGAUAUUGUAUCUGGAACAAGAUAUAAAGGAAAUGGAGGAGUAUAUGGCUGGGAUUUGAAAAGAAAAUUAAUCAGUCGUGGGGCCAAUUUUAUAACUCAGGUUUUGCUGAGACCAGGUGCAUCAGACUUGACAGGGAGUUUCAGGUUAUACAGAAAAGAAGUCUUACAGAAACUAAUGGAAAAAUGUGUUUCUAAAGGAUACGUCUUCCAGAUGGAGAUGAUUGUUCGGGCUAGACAGUUAGGAUAUACUAUCGGAGAGGUUCCUAUUUCAUUUGUGGACCGUGUCUAUGGAGAAUCUAAACUGGGAGGCAAUGAAAUAGUCUCCUUCUUAAAGGGACUCUUGACCUUGUUUGCUACAACGUGAUAAUUUAUCCUAAGUUAACUUUUUUAGAAAAACAUUUUCUGACAUCUGUGUGGUUUUUAGUAUAUAAUAGCAGAAGCUUGAGAAUUUGUGUGGUGACCAGAAGACCUGCUAUAAACUAACAAUUGAACGAACCACCAAUAUAAACUAAAUAUAUUGUGCCCAAAAUGCUCCUUUCAAAAUAAAUGAACUGUAUGUUAAACUAAAAAAUAAUAAAGACUAAUGCUCUAUUCUAUUUUUGUAAAAAUAAUGAAGUCUUAAUAAAGAACACAAAGCUAAAUGAUCUUUUGAAUUUAGAAAUGCAUCAUUAUUCAACAGAAGCUAAAGAU